AUGACUGCUCUUCCGGCGAACAGCCCAGUGUUCGAGGAGGCCAUUAAAGUGACGCCGCUUGAAUCCCAUCGGUAUUCAGCGUUCCUACGUGAUGAAUGGUGCAUCGGAACAGUCCCACACGGCGGAUAUACGACCGCUGUCAUAUACCGACUUGCUCUUACGCAUUUCGCACAUACACAUCCGACGCUAUACGAUGCACCGGCAACCCCGAUAUCUCUUCAGCUUUCGUUUCUGCGUCGCACAGCUGCUGGUCCAGCCAUACUGACAGUGCAAGAUAUGAAACUGGGGGCACGCACCAGUACAAUUCAUAUCAACCUAUGCCAGCCGAGUGAGAAGAAAGCAAAGAAUGGUGAACUAGAAGUCAAGGUCGCUGGCUAUAUCACUGUGAGUCCAUCUACCGCGGAAGUAGGCAUCAGCUCCAACACCGGCUGGAGCCUACAACCAGCUGCACAACCUGGAACAGGGCCGAAUGGCAGCGUGAACCUGGCGGCGCUGGGUCAAACCGGCCGCGAUGGCAAAUGGGUGCUUCUCCAGCCACCAUAUCCCAAGUUUCGCCGCGCAACCCUGCAGCUCGAGCUGUAUGGACCCGAACCGGCUUUGGGGAAGCCUAAAGUGAUCGAUCAAUGGUCGCAAUUUCGACCGGGCGGAGAUCGCGAGGCACGGUGGACCAACGAGGCCGUGGCAUUCCUAGUGGAUAUGUUCCCGAUGGCGCUUGGUGGGCUUGAUCAAAUGGCGUCGGCGUCCACCCCGUCACAAGAGUUAGCGGAGAAAACCGCACGGUUUUGGUACCCUACCGUUACUUUGAAUAUCGACUUUAAGAAACGAUUGCCUGCGCAGGGCGUGGAAUGGCUAUACAGCCGAAUUCAUACUAAAGUGGUGCGCGAUGGUCGGACAGACCUGAAUGUGGUGGUACUGGAUGAGCAGGGUGAUGUAGUGGCGUUGAGCACGCAGGUGGGUUUGGUGCUGAGCGCCAACCGGAACCUAGGACAGCGGCAAACAAAGAUGUAA